AGAGGCAGUCCUUUACUGUUUUCAGUCGCUGUUGUGGCUGCGAAGAAGAGCGGUCGGAUUGUGUGUUUGAUUCACGCCGCGGCUCAGCCGGACCGCUUGAAAUUGACCCACUAACCGAAGCAGCCCCCAGGGGCACCCCGUGAAGAAACUCCACGUCUGUGCCGGCGCAUUUAAUCCUGCAGGUGCUGCCGGUGGUAAGAAACAGAGGAUCGAGCUGUGGGCAGCCUAUGGUGAAGGUGGACGGGAUGUUGACCCAGCUGUUUGUUUCUUUGUGAAGGAUCUGAAGAGGCAGGUUGUGAUCAUGCGCUGCCUGGCCGCACGGGUGAACUACAAGACCCUCAUAGUUAUAUGCGCCCUCUUCACGCUCAUAACUGUGCUCUUAUGGAACCGCUGCUCGAGUGACAUCUCCAUCCGUUUCCUGCCCCGGGCCGCCUUUGUGUCUCCGAGUGCAAAGAUCAGCAGCAGCCAACAGCAACCUCCACAACCUCCAGAGCCCCCGCCUGUUGUCGGUGUUGGUGGCGGACUCAAAUAUGAAGAAAUCGACUGCCUAAUCAACGAUGACUCCACUAUCAAAGGCAGACGAGAGGGAGGGGAGGUCUACCUGCCCUUCAGCUGGGUGGAGAAAUACUUUGAAGUAUACGGCAAAGUGGUGCAGUAUGAUGGCUAUGAUCGCUUUGAGUUCCAGCACAGCUACUCCAAGGUCUAUGCCCAGCGUGAGCCCUACCACCCAGAAGGGGUCUUCAUGUCCUUCGAGGGAUACAACGUGGAGGUUCGCGACCGUGUAAAAUGCAUCAGUGGAGUUGAGGGCGUGCCUCUCUCCACUCAGUGGGGCCCUCAGGGUUACUUCUAUGCCAUCCAGAUUUCCCAGUACGGUUUAAGCCAUUACAGCAAAAACCUGACUGAGCGCGCUCCCCACGUGGAGGUCUACGACACGGCCGAGGAGAAGGACAGCAGGGUCAGCGCGGCUUCAUGGGCCGUGCCCAAAGGUUGCAGCCUGAGUCGCGUCUACGACAAGACAAAAUCUACCUCUGUGCGUCAGUUCAGCGCUGCAGAGUCCUCCGAGGGCGUGUCCCUGCCGCUGGGCAACUCGAAAGACUUCAUCCUCAGCUUGGACUUAAAGUUCACCUCCAACGGUAGCGUGUCGGUGGUGCUAGAGACCACAGAGAAGGGCCCGCCCUACACCAUCCACUACGUGACCAGCACGCAGCUCAUCGCCUUCAAAGACCGCGACGUCACCUACGGCAUCGGGCCUCGGUCCUCCUGGAGCACGUUGACCAGAGACCUGCUGACCGACCUCAGGAAGGGAGUCGGGUUGUCAAACACCAAGGCCGUCAAAGCCACAAAGAUCCUGCCCAGACGGGUGGUGCGGCUAGUCCUGCAUGGGCGCGGCCUCGUUGACAACGUGACCAUCUCCACCACUGCCCACAUGGCCGCCUUCUUCGCGGCCAGCGACUGGCUGGUGCGCAACCAGGACGAGCGAGGCGGCUGGCCCAUCAUGGUCACCCGGAAGCUGGGCGAGGGCUUCCGGCCCCUGGAGCCCGGCUGGUACUCGGCCAUGGCCCAGGGCCAGGCCAUGUCCACGCUGGUGAGAGCCUACCUCCUCACCAAGAACCAGGCUUACCUCAACGCUGCCCUCAAGGCAGUAGGACCGUAUAAGGUGCCUUCAGCGCAGCACGGGGUCAAAGCGGUGUUCAUGAACAAGUACGACUGGUACGAAGAGUACCCCACCACCCCCAGCUCCUUCGUCCUCAACGGCUUCAUCUACUCCCUGCUGGGACUUUACGACGUCGCCGAGACGGCAGGAGAGAUUCUGGGCAGAGAGGCGGGGCAGCUGUUCAGCCGCGGCAUGGAGUCGCUAAAGGCCAUGCUCCCGCUCUUCGACACCGGGUCCGGGAGCAUCUACGACCUGCGUCACUUCAUGUUGGGCAGCGCGCCCAACCUGGCCCGCUGGGACUAUCACACCACGCACAUUAACCAGCUGCAGCUGCUGGCAUCCAUAGACAACGCUCCCGUCUUCAGGGACGUGGUGAAGCGCUGGAAAAACUACUUAAAAGGGAUCCGUGCCAAGCACAACUAGUCGGACUCAGCAGAUUUUUGCUGCUGAGUUUAGAGGAGAAUCAGUGUUUAGGCGGUAAGAGCAAAUCGGAAGGUUUUAUAGAGAAGUGUGUGUGUGUGUGUGUGUGUGUGUCUGUGUGUGUGUGCUCCAGUGAGCCUGAAAGAGGAGUUGUGAUACUUUAACUUUGUGUGCACUGUUGGAGGUUUGACAUUUUCUGCUACGUUGACUGUAGCUCAACUGUUUCUGCGUCCCCGGAGCUCGCGUCUGUAAUUAUACACAGGCCUAGUUUCAGUGUGACUGUUUGCAUUAAGACAGAAUGACUGCAUCUUGUUUUCAAAAAAAAUAUAUAUAUAUAUACAUAGAAAAAGAGUACGUGUUGGAACAACAGUUUGGAGCUUCUUUAUUUCAUCUGCAUUUCUCUCGUGUAGAGCUUUUUCUAUUUCCUGUCAGGUUUGAGAAGUCUGCUAAAGUGAGCUGUGAAUAUCGGAGGAGGUCGCAAACCGUUUGAAGGAGAGCGUUGCAGAGAGAAACUGAAAUAUAAUCAAAAGAUACUUUAAGAACAGUUUAUUUCUCCAGAAGCUGAAGAAUCAGAUCGUCUGUGCUCGCUCAUCGAUUGUUUAAGUCACAUUUUAAAGAACUGCCGUAAAGGAUUAUCUCAGUUUUUUUUCCCCCUCUUUCUUUGUUUCCGUUAAUUUGUUGGUUAAUCUAAAAAUAUAAAAUAGGCGUCUAAAAAGCUAUUUGAAGCCAACUCCGAAGGAUAAACAAUCGAGGUAGCAGAAGUGUUUUUGUGCGAUAAACCCAUCAAGCUUUAAUUGUAACGGCUACGGACACUGUGGCUACCAGGAAUCGACUCUUAGCUGCUUUGCUUUGUUUUCAACAGGAGCAGCGAAGCAGGCUGCAGACAAAACCUCUGCAUCACUCUGAGUUCACCUUGGACAGUCAGCUGUACCAUCUGUGAGACCUCGGCUGGUUCAGCUGCAGCACCAAGGUCGUUGCAGCCGAUCACAAAUCAGGAAACAGAAAAAGUUAGCAAAAAAACAUUUGCCAUUCAAUGAAACUCACUUUUUAUUCCCGUUCACUGCGCCCUCGACUGUAAUUAGCAGCCCGGCUGUAAGUGCGUAAAACCAUCCUCCUGGGGUUGCAGGAUAAACUCUGUACCCUUUUUUCUGCCCUCGAUUCACCACAGCUUCAGGACUUUUAAACUUUUUACGGCUCCCACUAGAAAAGGGCGUUUUUUUUAAUGUUUUUUUUACUUUUUACUUGAGAAGAUGUACACACAUCUGUUUAUAUAUGAAGGACAUGCAGUCUUCUCUUUCUCAUUUUGAAGAUUACAUUUAUUUAUUCUGGUUACACGUUCCUGUAAGCCGAUCAACUCGCAGACAGUACACAGUGUAUUUAUUAGGGAUUCCAGAAAUCAUGAAUCUGGUGAUUACCAAACAAAGACUGAAUCUGUGUACCCUAAUUAACAAUUGGAGAUUCUUAAAAAAAAAAAAAUAAUCCGUUUUGAGAUUAUACUAUUGCAAUAAAAGCUGCAUUUAUUUUUUUUACUCCUCUUCACUAGGGGUGCCUAUAAAUGUGGCGGGUGAAGUACGUAACUCAGGAAAAGCACACAUCUAACAUAAAAUGUUUGUUAACCUUAAAGACGUGUUGGCUGGACUUACACAGGACAUGACUGCAGAUGCAAAUGGCUGUCGCAUCACAUAUUUCACUUAUCAACGCCUUUGCUAUUUUAAAUAGUUCCUGAUUUUAAAAAAUAAAUAAAUAAAAAUAAUCUCCUAUAUCAUCUCCUUUUUAUCUUUCCAACAACUAAAACAUUCUUUUUCGGGGCCGGGGGACUAUUUCCAUCUCAAAAGCCUUUCUCCUGUGUCACACUCGCGUGGGAUUCCUACCAGAACCACGUGUAGGUGGUGUGGGUGCCUGUCUUGUGCUGGUGGAGGUAGAUGGACGUGGGCAGCUGAGCCACAGCUGACGUGUCGGCUCACAGCGCGUAGAUCCAGACAACGCCAGCAGCAGCUGGAGGUGAAUCCGUGAACGCGGACGCGGCUGGUCCCUGCAGACCGCCGUUGCUCCAGCUCGCCUCCUCUUAGAGCACGGACCCGACCCCUUUAAUCCGAGCCCCGAGGAGGACGCUCGCAAGUCACCAGGCUAAUAAGGUGGGGAGGCCGCGCACGGUUGCAGGUCGCAGUCGCGGAUGAGUCAGCGUCUCCCUCAAAACACGGCGGAGCGCCUCGGCAUCAAUGAGGCUCCCAUCGAUCUGCUUUAUAGAUGAACGCCGGCAGAUUCAGGAGGAUUCGUGCUAUUGAGGGCGCCGACGGGGAUUUUAAUUUGAAAAAAAUAGUGUAGAUCUGGUCGUAUUCCCACACAGUCGGCGUUCAAAUGUUAAUGCGAGCAAAACAGACAAAAUCAAAGCAGCCUGUGAUUUAUUUGGAGGCAGCGUUGGUUGGACUUCAUCUCUCAAAGCCGUGAGAGGGCGUUCAGUUUAGUUCAUUCUGGAAAUAAAACACUUUAAUCCCUACAAUGUCACCUAAACAAAGAGGGUCUUGUUUAUUUUUACUUUAUUGCUAAGUUGCAAAAUACUUGGCCACUUUCUUUAAAAACCAAGACGUGCGUGAAUCCCCUCGUUUCUUUUCCUGCCUUUAACAGUAUUCACAUAAUUUAUAUUUUAUCUGGACAAGCAGGAAUACGUAACAAAAAGGACCAUCAAUAUACAAGCAAGUUUUCUGUUUCGAUACCAAUUUCUAUCUUGUUUAUACCAAAGUCACUUAUUCAGUCCAUUCAUUUUGUAUGUUUUUGUGCAAACUCAUUUCCGUUCAGCGUCGAUUCUCCUCAAAGAUGUUAUGGAGACGCGCCGCCUUAUGAUUUUAGCUGAAUAGAUGCAAAAGAUAAAUGUAUAAAAAAAAAAAAAAGGAAAACGUGUUAAAUCUGCUUAUAGUAAAAGGGGUUUGUGCAACUAGUGGUUAGAGUUUAGUCUGCUACUGUUUUAGAGGGAAAGGAGCCGCAACCAGAGAGCUGCAACCAUUUUCUUUUGUUAAAACUGUUGGGAUCAUAGGCAGCAGGUUAAGUUUGUUCCGGUUAACAAAAGCACAACUGCGGGUUAUUGUCGCCUGAUUUGUCGUAUUUCUUGAGUUUUCUCGUUUUUAGGACAAUGUGCAACAGCUUCUCUAAGCUGCUAUUGUUCACUGUGUAAAGAUGGGUAUGAGAACGUCUUGUCGUCUCACUUCAGUAGGAUCUCUGAUUAUCUGAUUUAACAGAAAUCGUCCACAAACGGCCUUUUUGAGGUACGUGUGAUUUAUGCAAUAAGGUGUUUACUGGGACUUGUGGCUCCACCACAGACCCAGAGGAGUUGUACAGACUUUGCAAUCUAAGCACAAUGUGCAAAAUGCUCCCAUUUUUUUAGUCCAGGUAAGAGGUGUUUAUAUACAGAGUAAAUCUUUGUGCUUUAAAAAUUUGCUUUCUAAAGGUGUAAAAAAAAAAAAUUAAUAAAAUACUUUCUUUCUUAAA